AUGAACUCUAAGACCCAAGUCCUGGUCAAAGAGGAAGUUGAAAAGAUGCAUAAGUCAGGCAUCAUCAGGGUAGCCAAAUACAAUAAGUGGCUAUCCAACAUAGUGCUAGUCCGCAAGAAGAAUGGCAAGAUAAGGGUCUGCGUGGACUACAUAGACCUUAAUGUCGCUACGCCUAAAGACGUCUAUCCCAUGCCGGUCGCAGAUAUGCUGGUAGAUGCAGUAGCGGGACAUGAACUGCUGUCCUUCAUGGAAGGAACUGCAGGGUAUCACCAGAUUCUGGUCGCGGAGGAAGACAGACACAAGACCGCGUUUCGUUGCCCAGGGUUCGCAGAGGUUUACAUUGAUGACGUGGUCGUGAAGUCUAAGAAGAGAGGAGACCAUAUCGUAGAUUUUAGAAAGGUGUUCGAGCGCAUGCGGCAACACAAGCUCAAGAUGAAUCCCGCCAAAUGCAUUUUCGGAGUUCAAGCAGGUAAAAUCCAGCCCUUUUCCCCACUGCUGAAGUUACAGGGACAAAAUGAGUUUCUGAGGCUUCCAUUGGCAGCCUACUUGCUCAAGAUGACGAGGAAUGCAUCGAACAUGCCAUCUUUUACCUCAGUAGGACACUUACAGAUUAGGAAACAAGGUCGCAUUGGCAAGUGGGUACUGGCCUUAUCUGAAUUCUCGCUCCAAUACGUUCCACAGAAAGCAGUAAAGGGACAGGCCAUCGUAGACUUCCUAGCACAUCACCCUAUGUUGGAUGUCCCCACAGCUAGAGAGUUAGAGAUAGCGACCGCCAACAUAACUCGACCAGAUUUGGCGCGUAUUCUAGAAUAUGCUUUGAAGUUUAAGUGCACCAAUAACCAAGCAGAGUAUGAGGCCCUCAUUAUUGGCCUAGAAGUAUUACUGGAGCUAGGAGUGAGAGACGUCCAGGUACGCGGUGACUCUUUACUCGUGAUCAAUCAGCUUCAAGAGAAGUACAGGUGUGUAAGCUGCUUUCUCGUACCAUAUUUGAAUCGCGCCGUUGAACUGUUGGACCAAUUUGAUGACGUGGGUUUGGAGUACAUUCCUCGCGAGUGCAACUUCGCAGCCAAUGAAGUCACCCAACUGGCUACAGGCAUUACAUUGAAAUAUGGGGUUCGCGAGCGCAUUCUGAAGGUUGAGCGACGCACGCUCCCUUCGUGGCUUGUAAGACCUGACCCGCCUGAUGAUCCGGUCAUCGCGGUCCUGGAGCCUAUUGAAGUAGAUUGGCGCAUACCUUUGAUAGAUUACCUCAAGCAACCAGAUCCCACUGCCGACAGGAAGAUCCGUUUUCUAGCCUUAAAUUACUUCCUCAGAGGCGACGAGUUACGUAGACGCGGUGAAGAUGGCAUCGAUUUCAGAUGUGUCUAUGGCCGCGAAGCGAAACGAUUGAUGCGAGAAGUGCAUGAAGGCGUGUGUGGAGCCCAUCAAGCGGGUCCAAAGAUGCGCUGGCUUAUCCGGAGACAUGGCUAUUAUUGGCCCAGCAUUUUGAAGGAUUGUAUCGCAUUCGCAAAAGGAUGCCAAGAUUGCCAGGCACAUGGACCAGUCCAGCACAUUUCUAAUAUUCCUAUGCAGCCCAUCAUUAAACCUUGGCCUGCGCGAGGUUGGGCUUUGGACUUGAUCGGCAUGAUUCACCCACAUUCUUCUCUCCAGCACAAGUUUGGCAUUCCAGAGGUUUUGGUGUCUGAGAGGGGGGCAUCGUUCAUGGGUGGUGAUUUCGAGAAGCUUGUCAAUGAUUAUGGCAUCCAAUUUAUCCAUAGCACGCCUUAUUACACUCAAUCCAAUGGUCAAGCGGAGGCCAGUAACAAGAUCAUCAUUACUUUAUUGAAAAAGCUGCUUGUGGAGAACCCUCGCCAGUGGCACAACACAUUGUAUGAGACGUUAUGGGCUUAUCAUACUUCUAAGCGGAACCCUACUGCCUCCACCCCUUAUGCAUUAAUGUUUGGCCACGAUGCGGUUCUCCUUUUGGAUAUCAAUGUUCAAUCUCUGCGCGUCCAAGAUCAACAACAUUUGAUUGGUGAAGAUUAUGUCCAGGCUAUGUAG